UUUCGCCAAGCUUUGGGUGCAGCACUUGGAAGCGUCGCGAGCGGACGAAGGCCGUUUGCCUGGCGCAUUUGCCCUCCUUCCGUCGCACGCGCAUGAGCAGGACCACGACGAACAACGUGAAGGAAGGCGCGCUUUUCAAACAGGGAGCAGGUGGCGGGCUGUUCAAGCGGAAGAACUGGAAGCUUCGUUUCUUUGAGCUCACGUUGGACGAACUGCGGUACUUGAACUCGGCGGGGGAAGUCAAAGGGUCCAUCUCCAUGCGAUAUUGCACCACCGAUUCCAUCGAGAUCAUGCCCGACUCGGACCGUCCCAUCCAUGGCGGCACGAUCUGGCGCAUUGCCAUAUCGACGCCGUGCCGUCGACUCCUCGUCGCAUGCGCGUCCGAAGACGACAUGGAAGCUUGGGUCGACGCUCUCAACUACGUCGCCGACUACAACGUGAAGCGCACCCACCGCAACAUGUGCAAGAUCUCGUUUGCUAGCGAAACUACGUCCGAAAAGGCCUUCGACCCCCAACAGUACCCCCGCCACCACUCGUCAAUCGCGACGACUGCCUCGUCCGACUGUGUCGCCCUGCCAAGUCCCCUGGCGUAGCCCCGUGCUUCUGCGCGAGUGACUAGAACUCUAUUUAUUUCACAUAUCGAACGUGAUACGAGCUAUUCCAAACCCAAAGUUGAAAAACCA